AUGACCUCUUCACCUGCCAGAGCUACAAGCGACCCCUACUUUGACCUCGGAACAUGGGGUCGCAGAGUCAGUACGAAUUCCGAAGAAGCGCAGAUCUGGUUCAACAGGGCAUUAGUUUGGACUUACUGCUUUAACCACGAUGAAGCCAUUACUUGCUACAAACAAGCGAUCGCACACGAUGAAAGUUGCGCCAUGGCAUAUUGGGGAAUAUCCUUCUGCUCCGGCUCCAAUUACAACAAGACAUGGGCGCUAUUUGACGAAAGGGAUCGGAUCAAUGCCAUUCAACAAUGUUAUAAAUACUCCCAGGAGUCUUUGAAAUGGAUUCACAAUGCCUCGGAUUGGGAGCGGGCGAUCAUCAACGCGCAUGCCAUACGGUACCCCGAUGAUAAUCCCGGGAGAGAUCUGGGGGGAUGCAGCAGGGCAUAUGCGGAUUCGAUGAGGGAGGUGUAUAAGGGAUUCGGUCGCGAAGACUUCGACAUCAUCACGCUCUUUGCGGACGCGUUAAUGAACUGCGCCCCGCGAAAGCUAUACGACGCGUGCACAGGUCUCCCAAUAGCAUCGUCUCCGGUCUUUGAAGUGAAAGCGCUGCUGGAUGGCGCGUUGAAAAUGCCCGGUGUUGAGCGCCACCCCGGUCCCGCACACAUGUAUAUUCACCUGAUGGAGAUGUCGGCGACUCCCGAGGCGGCGUUGCCGGCGGCAGAGAUGAUUCGAGAAAUAUUCCCCGACACAGGACAUACUUUCCACAUGCCGGCGCAUAUUGAUGUGCUGGUGGGUGAUUAUCGAAGGGCAGUGGAAUAUAACUAUAAGGCGACAGUCGCAGAUGACAAAUACUUUCAACAUAAUGGUGGCUUGACAUUCUAUAGCUACUACCGCCUACACGACUACCACUCCCUUAUUUACGCUGCGAUGCUGGGUGGAAUGUCGAAGGCUGCUUUUUCGGCAGUGGACAGAAUGGAGGCUACAAUUACAGAGGAGAUUCUCCGAGUGGAAACGCCUGCUCUUGCAAAUUGGAUGGAAUUCUUCAAGGCCGUGAGAGUUCAUGUACUCAUUCGAUUUGGAAUGUGGGAGGAACUGAAACAGCUCGACCCGCCCGAAGAUAAAGAGCUAUACUGCGUUACGAACGUCAUGAGACAUUAUGGAAAAGCCAUCGCCUACGCAGCCACAUCCCAAGUCGACGAAGCAGACAAGGAGCGGGAACUGUUCAAAAGCGCAUCGAGACUCGUCCCACCCACCCGCCUCGACUUCCCAAAUAAAAUCACCGACAUCCUCAAAGUCGCAUCCGCAAUGCUGGACGGCGAAAUCGAAUACCGUCGAGGAAAUUACGAGAUCGCGUUCAAGAGACUUGCAGACGCAGUGGCAUUUGAAGACGAGUUGCCCUUCGCAGAGCCUUGGGGGUGGAUGCUUCCGGCUCGACAUGCCUAUGCGGCACUCUCGUUGGAGCAGGGUCGGGUUGAACAGGCUGCACAGGCGUAUGCAGAGGACUUGGGACUCUUCCAUACCCCCAAGCGUGCGCAUCAACAUCCGAACAAUGUGUGGGCUCUGCACGGCUAUCACGAGUGUCUUGAGCUUCUGGGUCGGCAUGCGGAGGCGAAUAUCAUCAAGAAACAGCUCUCGCUUGCUUUGGUGGGUGCGGAUGUAGAGAUUACAUCUUCUUGCUUCUGUAGGCUUGGGAAGGUUCCUUCGUGUUGCGGAAAGCCGAGCUUGAACGGUACUCAUGCUCUAGGUUAG